AUGACUGUCAGUGUCCCAACCCCUUUCCGACGCAUUAGUGCCAAGGCACCCGUCGAGGAGAUCCUCCAGAUGUUCCGCGAAGAUGGCGGGAUUGUGGUGGAAGACUUCUUUACACAGGAGCAAAUGGCUAAAAUCAACAAAGAGGUAGACCCUCUGUUAGCCAAGAUCAAAUGUGGCACACACCGAAAUGUCGGAGAGGAAGAAUGGAUUACUCAAUUCCACGGUUCCAAUACUCGCCGACUUAGCAACCUACCUACCAUCAGCAAAACUUUCCGCGAGGAAGUCCUCAACUACGAUCUAUUGCACCAGAUCUGCGAGGCAAUCUUCCGCAAGGAAUCUGGAGAUUACUGGAUGUGCACAGCGCAGGUAAUCGAAAUCGGUCCUCAAAGCAAAGCUCAAGAGCUACAUCGCGACACAGCAGAGUUUCCCGGUUUGACCAAGUUGGGUCCCCGGAUGGAUGAGAUCCAGAUCAGUUUCUUCACUGCGUUGACCGACUUCACUGCUGAAAAUGGCGCCACUCGUGGUAUCCCCAAGAGCCACUUGAUGGAGGACUAUGAGGAUUGGGGCCGAGAGGAAGAUGCCGUUCCCGCCGUUAUGAAGACUGGCGAUGUCUUCUUCUUCACAGGCAGGCUUUGCCACGGUGGCGGUGAAAACCGUACUGAAGACUUCUGGCGUCGCGGAAUCUCCCUGUGCUUCCAAGCCAGCUACCUCACACCAGAAGAAUGCUAUCCGCUUAUGAUUCCCCGUGAUGUUAUAGAGAGCAUGACUCCACUGGCACAAAAAAUGUGUGCCUGGCGCUCUCAGUAUCCGACACUAGGAGGUGGAUUGUGGCAACACAAUUACACCGAGGUUGCGGACCAGAUUGGACUGAAGUCCAACCAGCCAUUGAAGCAAUGA